ACGCCGAUUGUUUUGGAAAACUAUCAAGUUGCAAAUGAGAGACCAAAACAGUGUCGCUGUGUCGGUACCGUCGGGACAAUGGACGCAAGAAACAGAGCUCACGACGUUCAUAGCGCGCUCCGAAGAGCCAAAAGGAAAAUGUCAAGCUUACAAAACGAACUUUCAGAGAAGGAGAGCUUUUCGGAGAGCGAGGAGGAGCUGCGUGGCCUGGCACAGGCCCACAGUAACGAGCUGAGAGACUCUCUGGUUGACAUGUACAAAGCUAAUCCCAAAGUCAAUGAGGAACUGAAACAAAGAUUACCCUCCCCAGUAAAACAGCACAGCACAGAGAGCGCAUCACAACUCAGAGAGCUGGAAGCAAGUUCCACCACGUUGUUAGGUCGAACGGUUUCAGAAGCACUCGCUGAGGAUCUGUCUAGAGGGGGUCUUUUUGUUCCACAGACCAAGGUUUCCCUGCUGUCCCACUGUGGGGAGCCCAGAGCUGCGAGAUCUGUCCUCAGUCCUGACUCCAGAGAAAACGCGCCAGCGAAGAUGAUGGAAGAGGAGGAGGAGGAGGGUCAUGUGGCGAGGGUUGAUGUCCAGGCUCAGGCAGAGCUGGAGCAGGACGCUGGACCUCUUCGCAGGCCAAUCCUGUCCCCACGGGACCACAGCGAGCCCUCGCCAAAGAGUGCACGAGAGGUCCAGGGUAGUGCCAACGCAAGCGGCUCCUUUACCUCAGCGAAGCACCCGCCGGUCCUGGAUAAGGAGAAAAACAUUGCCUUCCUGCUCAAGGAGCUGGACUCCCUCAGAGACCUCAAUAAGAAGCUCCAGGACAGGCUGGCGCUGAAGGAGCGGGAGCUGGAGGAGCGAGCGGUGGAUGGCCAGCUGCUGGAGAGCGAGCUGGAGGCCAGAGCCUGCGAGAAAGCUGGAGCCCUGGUGGAGGAGAUCUACACAGCGCAGAGGGAGCGAGACCAGGCCGUCAUGGCCCGGCUGCGCCUGGCCAACGAGGAGAGGGACGAGGCCCUGCUCCGGGCCAACAGGCUACAGCAGGCGGCGGCCGAACUGGAGAAUAUUAACCCAGAAGAGAAUGAUGCGGACCUGGAGGAGCUGCUGAACAGGAUCAACGGCGCGGACUCGGCCCUGGGCAUCGAGCGCAGCGGGGCGGUGAUUGUGGACCGCCUCCAGAAGGCCAGGGAGCGCCGGAAGAAGAUCACAGCUGAGGAGAUGAACGCUGUCAUUGAGGAGAGGGAUGCCGCACUGGCUAAGUGCCGGCGCCUGGAGCAGGAUCUUCAUCACGCCAAAGAGCAGAGCCAGACUUGGGCAAACAGCGCGAGACACCCGACUGCAGAAAACAAUCAGGAGCACGCUCGCAAGGAGGAACUGGAGGCUGUUUCCCGGGAGCGCGACGUGGCCGUGGAGCGCAGUCAGGGCCUGGAGGAAGAGCUCCAGUCGCUGCGAGCGCAUUACAGUCUUCACCAGUCCCUGUCCCAGGAGGCCAGCCUGAAGGAGCAGUUUGACUCCACGCUCAAUGCCAAUUCUGAGGCCUUGCACACCCAGGAGGGCCAGCUCACCCAGGACACUCUUCACCAAGAGCAGCUUAUGGCCCAAAUCCAGGCCCUGGCUUCAGAGCACCAAAGCACACAGGCCCAACUCAAGCUUGCUCGGGAGGCCGAGAAGGAAGCCAGUGAGAAAGUUCAAAAACUGGAGAGACUGGUGGAGGUACUGAGGAAGAAAGUGGGGACCGGCAGCGUCAGGACGGUGAUCUGAAGGCGAAGAGGUCGGCUCCGGAGCGAUCCGGCCGGCCACAUCUGGCGACCAGGCUGCCGCGUUUAACACUGUGUAAACACCCCAGCCUUAACUCGGCAAACAGUUGUUAGAAGUGCAGCACUCAACCCACAUUCCAAGCCCAGAUCAAACCGAAUCAUAAAUGUUUAACCACUCGGUUGCUGCGCGUGCUACACUGCCACUGUUAUUUCCUGAAUUGCUUAUUACAUUAGAUUAUAUCAUUAUUUUAAAAAAUGUUUUCGCUGUUGUUUGUCAUCUGGCAUUGGGUACUACUGGUAUAGGCCUGAUGUUAGGGAAUUCGCCGUCUGUCACCCUGACCUGUUUUGACACGUUAUCCAUUAUGAUCAUCACAUUUAUUGGAUUAUCUUGACGGAGAUUUGUCCCGUAUCUCGUUCACUUUUAAAUGGUAAAGCUGCUGGAGCUCAACCCGGUGGCUUUCUCCGGUCACACUCAGUGUUAAAUCAUUAUUUUAUUUACUGAUAUGUUCGCUUUUACCAACGAACAAGGGAACAUGACUGAUAAAACUCUGCCAACGACGAUAGGCCUACGACCCUUGCAUUGAUGGGACAAUAUACUUCGCUGUCUGGUCUAUCUUUUCAAAAGUGAAAUUUUUUUUUUGAUUCAGUCAAUCUUAUUUUCUCUAUACGUACAUGUUUAGUGUGUUUUUGUUUGUGUUUUUAAGCAAUGUAAUAAAACACCCGUUACAAAAACAUGA